AUGAGAUUUGCGCCAGACGUUUCCGUUGUCUGAGAAAGCGUCGUUACUGCUUUCUGAGAACGUUGGGCUGAGACUCUUUUAUACUAAGAUAUUUUUCUGCCAAAAUGCGUGAAUGUAUCUCGAUCCAUGUUGGGCAAGCUGGAGUGCAGAUUGGCAAUGCUUGCUGGGAGUUGUACUGCCUCGAACAUGGCAUUCAGCCUGAUGGUCAGAUGCCGUCUGAUAAGACUCUUGGAGGUGGUGAUGACAGUUUUAACACAUUCUUCAGUGAGACUGGUGCUGGAAAACAUGUUCCAAGGGCAGUUUUUGUGGAUUUGGAGCCUACAGUAGUUGAUGAGGUCCGCACUGGCACAUACCGACAGCUGUUUCAUCCUGAACAGCUGAUCACAGGAAAGGAGGAUGCAGCAAACAACUAUGCCAGGGGGCACUAUACAAUUGGCAAAGAAAUUGUGGACUUGGUUUUGGACCGAAUCCGAAAAUUGGCUGACCAGUGCACUGGUCUUCAGGGCUUCUUGAUCUUCCAUUCCUUUGGUGGAGGCACUGGCUCUGGUUUUACAUCUCUAUUGAUGGAAAGGCUCUCUGUUGACUAUGGGAAGAAGAGCAAACUUGAAUUUGCAAUUUAUCCUGCCCCUCAGGUUUCCACUGCUGUUGUUGAGCCUUACAAUUCUAUCCUAACCACCCACACCACUCUGGAACAUUCUGACUGUGCCUUCAUGGUUGAUAAUGAAGCCAUUUAUGACAUCUGCCGACGUAAUUUGGACAUAGAACGCCCCACCUACACCAACCUCAACAGACUGAUUGGUCAGAUUGUAUCCUCAAUAACAGCUUCUCUCCGGUUUGAUGGUGCACUGAAUGUGGACCUGACUGAAUUCCAGACUAAUUUGGUGCCCUACCCACGUAUCCACUUCCCUCUGGUCACCUAUGCACCUGUCAUCUCCGCUGAGAAGGCAUACCAUGAGCAGCUAUCUGUCGCAGAAAUUACAAAUGCCUGCUUUGAACCUGCCAACCAGAUGGUGAAAUGUGAUCCAAGGCAUGGGAAGUACAUGGCCUGCUGCAUGCUGUACCGAGGAGAUGUCGUGCCAAAAGAUGUUAAUGCCGCAAUUGCUACAAUUAAGACCAAACGCACCAUCCAGUUUGUAGACUGGUGUCCAACUGGCUUCAAGGUCGGCAUUAACUACCAACCUCCAACAGUGGUCCCAGGAGGUGACCUGGCAAAAGUGCAGCGUGCUGUGUGCAUGUUGUCGAAUACUACAGCCAUUGCCGAGGCAUGGGCCCGCCUGGACCAUAAGUUUGAUCUCAUGUAUGCUAAGCGUGCCUUCGUUCACUGGUACGUUGGUGAGGGUAUGGAGGAAGGUGAAUUCUCAGAAGCUCGUGAGGAUCUUGCUGCCUUGGAGAAGGAUUAUGAAGAAGUGGGUAUGGAUUCAGUUGAAGGAGAAGGAGAAGGUGCUGAGGAGUACUAAAUGGCAAUUUAGUUUUGUGCUCUGAAGUAGGGUGAUUCUUAAAUUUUUCAUGAAGUUAUGGUACUCAUUAGAGUAUAUUUUUGAAUUUGUAACCAUUCUUUCAUUUUUUCAACAUUGAAUUAAUCUUUGAAUUAAGAACAAUUCUCAGUUACUGGAUUUGUUCAGUAUAAUGUUCCUUGAAUUAAAUAUAAUCUUGAGUUAUUCCAGCAUGUGCUUAAUACAGUGUUCUUGGAAUUAUAAUAUUUCAGAGUGAUCAUUCCUAUGUUCAGCAUUUGCUAAAUAUAAUUUUUCUGGCAGA